GUGUCGCUGACUGGCCCUUCUAACAGCUGAUCCCCACAAAGACCGUUGUGCGGUUUAUCAGUUGCGCCAAGAUCAGCUUGGGUGUCGGAAGGAACAGUUAGAAGAUGUCACAGAUCAUUCAAAAAUCGUGAAAAGACAAAUCGAAUGUGUAGACGACGUUCCACGAUGUCUAGAAAAAGCUCUCGAAUGUGUUCCAAAUCCAAAAAUACAGAUCAAUUAUCAAUAUGCAAUAAAGUGAACCGAAAACGGAAAGCAGACGAGGAUCUCGAAGGAGGUAUGGAAGUAUCAAAACGAAGACAGUCAUUCAGAAUAGAGAACCAGUGGGUACCGAUAUCUGAGACCACCGCAAUCACAACUUGCUCAAUAGUUCCAAGCCCAGAAUCUUCCCCCAUCCAAUGCAAUUUCUCCGACCACAAAUUGGGCCAACAGUUCCGUUUUCAAAAUUACUUCACCACCCCAGUAGAACUCAGAGAAUGCCCGCUACCAGAGCUGGAUUGGGCAGACUCUCAGCAAGUUUGGCACACUAUGUUGCGGAAAGAAAAGAACUAUGUUAGAAACAAAGAUAUGUUCAAUAAACACCCAGCUCUACAUGCCAGGAUGAGGGCAAUACUUCUAGACUGGUUGAUUGAGGUGUGUGAGGUCUAUCGGUUACAUCGAGAAUCGUUCUACUUGGCGUCUGAUUUUCUAGAUCGCUUCAUAUGCACCCAAAGCAAUAUACAAAAACAUCAACUGCAACUGAUUGGAAUUACUUGCCUCUUUAUAGCUGCAAAACUGGAGGAAAUCUACCCACCGAAGUUGAUGGAGUUUGCCUAUGUGACAGAUGGGGCCUGCUCAGAGGAUGAAAUACUUGACCAGGAACUCAUCAUUCUUAAGGCAAUCAAGUGGGACCUUUCUCCAGUGACAGCUAAUAGCUGGCUCAACAUCUACCUCCAGGUGUCCAAUGUGGAGCAUAUACGCGGCGGGGAACAUGGCUUCGUGUUCCCGCAAUAUUCCUCCCACGUGUUUGUGCAGAUUGCCAGGUUGUUGGACCUGUGUGUAUUGGAUGUGGAAAGCUUGCAGUUUCAAUACAGUGUGUUGGCAGCAGCUGCCCUCUACCACAUGUCUUCUAAAGAAUUGGUUUUGUCUGUCUCAGGUUAUAAGUGGGCGGAUAUUCUACCAUGCGUGAAGUGGAUGACGCCGUACGCACUGUCUGUUAGAGAACUGGGUCAGAUAGCCGUGAAGUUCUUCCCCAAUAUACAGUCUGAGGACUCGCAUACUAUACAAACACAUGUGGUGGACCUCCAGUUACUGGAGAAGGCACAGUGCAGGAGGGACGAGGUUCAGUUUGCUGACCAAGGAAGUCCGCCUGACCUGCAGGCCCAGGUGAUCACCCAGCUGACCCCGCCCAGUGACAAGAAGGGCUAUGUACCACUGUCCCCGGGCACGCCUGACCUCACUGCAGACAGCUGAUGAUUUGUGCAGGUGUAGCUCCAUACUUCAGGCAGUGCAGUAUUGCAGUUGGCGAGUGGGGAAAAAUUAUUUUCCUUGACUAGUGGGGGAUAACGGGCAAUGUUAUUAUGCAAGUAUCUGCAAUGGAUAUCACUGCUGACAGCUGGUGACUUGUUUGGCUGUAACUAAUUGCUUCCUGCGUAUUAUUCUGUUUUCAUGUGUGAAAAUAGAGGGGGGAGUUUUGUGCUUGAGUAGUGACGGGUGCCACAAAAGGUCUCAAAGCCUUCAAACGGCAAUGUUGUGAUUGGUGCAAUUGAAAUCAGGUGCGUUUUUACCAACCAUUUCUUAGACUCCAGUCUAAAAAUGAAAAAUUAUCUUAAAACGGUAAUUUACUUUUAUUUAACUACUUUUAAGACUAGUAUACCAUGGCAGUUAACACCUUAAAUUAUAGAUCUUUGUUAAAAAAACAAUAUCUUUAUGCUUUAAGCAGCAUUUUCACCUGUAUAUAUGCAAACUACAUGUAUGAGGUAUUUUCAUUGAGUCUUAGACUGUUCUUUAUUCUUAACCCAUUUAUGUCUAGUUGACUCUCCCAUCCUUAUAAAUUGGAUCAAUUUAUUUCCAAAAUUAGGGAUUUCUAGUAUAUUUAUUUCUAUAUUUAGAAUAUUUCUUACAGAAAUUCCUUUAAGCAAACAGCGCAGAUCCUGAUGAGACGGCGCAUCAUGCGGCGCCUCAUCUGUGUCUAUGCAGUUUGUCAAGGCCUUUUUUCUAGACGCUUGGCAUAAAUGGGUUAAGUUUAAGAAUGGGUUGGUGAAUACAGACCCUGCUUUAUAAAACUGUAAAGUUGUUAAGAACUGAAACGGGUCAAGAAAUAUGCAUGCUGUUAAUUUUAUGAUAGGAUUCAUUUGCACGAUUAUGCUUUGUUAUUUAUGCAAAUUCAGGGCAAUUGCCAAGUUCAAAUGUGUUCAAGGGUUUUGAGUUGUUCGUAUUUUUAAAACAAACACUUGAUUUUUUAAUAUAACUAUUAUAUGCUGUUUGAACUCGAGACUUUGUUUUGAGAUAUGUUGCUGUUGUUGGUUUCGUAGGAGACCGGUGUGUAUUUAUUCAAUUAAAUUAUGCAAUGUCGCGUGGUGAUUUUUUUGUGUUCAAAAUCCGAGAGUGCCUUUAUUUGUAAUGCAGACAUUCAGAUGUGUUUGUAAUUAGUGAGAUGUACAUUUUCUUUGAAUCAAUUUCAUGAUGUUUUUUAUUUUUUAUUUAAUAUAAUUUAUAUAUAAUUUAAUGCAUAUGCACAGUUUGGUGAAACCACUGUUGUGUUUUAAAUAUUCCAAGCUAAUUUGAUGUUAUUUUUAUUUUAUAAUUGUCAUUUGUACUUUAAUUUGGUCAUGUGUUUAUGUGUUUUAAUGUCCUCUUUUAAACUUUGGUAAUAAUUUAAGUUUUUUAAUUGUAGUCCCUGUUUUUUUAAAGCUGUGGAAAAGGAAGAUGUAUGAAAGCCAAAUACUUAAUUUAAAAAACUAACUUUCUCAGUUAAUAAUAAAAUUUUUGAGUAAUCUUAUGCCUUGAAAAUUUAUUAGUAACCUCACAGAUCUGGGUGCAAUAUUUGUCAAUGAAAUAGUUAUGACAUAGAACUGUCAUUUUUGUUUAUAAUUGUUACAUAAUUUAUCAAUAUUUGUAGUUGUAUUAUAGCUAACAUAUAUUACUACAUUCUACUUGUUGUGUAGACUUUGUCGUUACUUACUCUUACUGCAACUAGUCGCCUCUGUCUACUAUUUAAACACAAGGCAUGUUUUCAUGCAUGUUUUUUUAAGUGGGAUUUUAUUCAAGUUAGUUGACACGAAAAUAAAUAAAUGCAUGAAGAGAUGGUACAAAUUCUCAGGAAGGAAAAUAAGGUCAAUUUCAUUAAACACUAUUCCUUAAAUAUAAAAAAAUACAUUAAAGUAUUUUUAAAAGGUGAUGUUGCUAAUAGAAUGCAUUCGUACCAUAGGCUUGGAACUAAUAGUAGUGUACUAUAUUUAGUCCAUGGGGUAUCUCAAGCUAUGAGUGUAUAGAAACAUUAAGAUUGAUCAUCACCAAAUUCUUACUACUUGUUUGAUGUAUGUAAUUUUUUUGUAUGUUAACUCUCUUACAAACAAUCUCUACAUAAUUCAAGUUUAUUGUAAUACUAGAAUACUGGGCCUUUUAACUAUAAUUCUCAUCAGCAGUAACUUGACCGUAACAGAUAAUAUCUGAUAAUACUAGUACUAGUUUUUUAAAUUUUCUUAUUUUUGUAUCUAGAGAACAUUUAAUAAAAAUAGCAUACAAAGUUAUUUUAGAAAAGCACUAUAAGUGUUAAGGAUAACAUCUGAAUAUUGACACUGUCACAAAUGUGCGCUUAUUGGGCCAAAUUUUUGAAGCUUUAAUCCUAAUUAGUUGUCGAGAAAUAUGUGUGUUUGGGGGGUGGGGGGCACUUUUAAGUUGGAAAAAACAUCCAGGAAUUUCAUUUUGCACAAAAGAAGUGGUAUUAACCUCAUCUUCUGUUCUGAUUUUUACUUAAUUUCAGUAAAAAUUUAUUAUAUAUUGCAUUUUUUUUUAACACUCGGAACAUGACCCAUGCAUAUGAAAGAGGACAAAAAACUAUAACGUAAAUUGACCUUUAAGAUUGAUUGAAAAUUUAAAUAAUUAUAUAUAUAACCACAGAUAAAACAUGUGCACAAAAACAGAUCAGUAAAAUGCUUAAUAUAUGCUCCUGUGUCCUGUUUUGAAACUUUUUAAAACCUCUGAAAGAUCCCGUCAAUAUGGAAGUUAGGACUAAAUUUGGGGGUGGGGGGAACAAUUUUUAAGACAGGAAUAUGGCCCAAGAAGAGCUGUUAAAUGAACUGAAAAGCCUUUUAUUCCUGUUAAAUAGGGCUUUAUGUAUGCCUUCCCAUUAAUUUCAUACCACUUGCAUGUAAAGAAGACAAUACAAUGUUGAUUAUAGUUAUUCGACUGGCUAAGUUAUACAUAUAUAAGUGCGCAUGUUUAUAUACAUAUGCACUUACAUGCAUACCACUAUGUGUUCAAAUGAAAUGUGUUCAGAUACUAUGUGUUCAAAUGAAAUGUGUUCAGAUACUAUGUGUUCAAAUGAAAUGUGUUCAGACAUAUCUCGCUGUUUGUAAGCAAAACUAUAUCUUGACACACUGUAAGAUCGGAGUGCUUUAUAUCUUGUCAUACUGUAUGAUGGAAGUGCCUUAUAUUAUAUUACCUUCUGAAAUUGUGAUUUAUUUAGCUUUGUAAAAAUUACCUUUGUUUAUCUUUUCAAAUUGUGAUUUAAUUAAGCUCUGUAUAAAAAUACAGUAGCUGAAUAAUGUGUUCAUAGCUUUCAAUUUUCAAGCAUAAAUCAUUUUAUAUCAUCAAAUAUUUUAUCAUAUUUGUUUGUUCUCUUUAAGAUAAAUUAAUUUGGAUUUAAUUGUUUUUCAAUUAUGCAACCAAACAAGUUGCUUCGAAGUAUGUCAUUGAUAAUACUAUGUACUUGUUUUUCUUCAUCAAAAGAAAAUACCAUGAAAAAAAUACAUUUAAAUAUUUUGUUAUCCAUGUACUUGCUUCAUUCAGUAUCUUGGUUACUGUUUGAUGUUUAAUUGGUUUGAAUGCAAAAUGCACACAUUCAACAUUUUGACUUGUUUCAUAAUCGGCAAAAACAACCAAACCAAGUAUUCUUAUUUGUGUGUAUCAAGUAUAAGUGCUGUGUAGCCUAUUCAGUAAUAAGCGAGUCCAUUACUCCAUAUGGCUAUGCUUAAGUCUGUUGACUUUCAACAACAGUCUAAAAAACGAAGAUCUCAAAUCAAGACAUUGUAAAUAUUUGGUCGUGUAUAUUUGUUUUAAACAAUAAGAAAUACACCAUAAUUUGUAAUCUUUAAAUAGUUUUAAAUAUGAAGUGCAUUUAUCCGAAUUUGAAUUUGUAUCUGCAGUGUGGUUUUAGUAAUUAGAUUAGGGUUUGAUUGUGUGAUUUGAAGAAAAUGUUUCAGUGUAAAUUUACAUUGAUCAUUGUGUCCCAUUUUAAAUGAUAACAUUUUAAAUGUAAUAUAUUACUGGUAAGCGACAAAUACAAAAUAAAAUAAUAUUAAAGAUACAAAAAUGUG